AUGUCGUCGAUUUACUUCGACAAUGAUUUGGCCCUGAACGACUAUGCCAAUGUCACGUGCAUAGCGUGGAGUAAGGGCGAGGAGCAGCCUCUGUUGGCGGUGGCGGAUGGCUGCACCUUGCGGAUCUUUCGAGAGGGCGAAGAGUUGCUGGACUACAACCAGGAACGCCAGGGUCUGCCCUGCACGGCACUGGCGUGGCAUCCCACCUCCAAGGUCAUCGCCGCGGGCUGGGAGGACGGCGCUGUGACCUUCACGGGCCCUGGGGCCGUCAAUGCGCGCGACGACCGAGAGGUGCACCGAGAUGCCAGGAUCUUGAGCAUCGUUUUCAACCCAAACGGCACCCGCUGCGUCACCACGGACAACAAUGGUGUGGUGGGGGUCUGGAAGACGGAUCAACGAGGGCUCUGCAAUCAGAUGUGCCACUACCGAAAGUCGGGGGCUCAUGACAAGGUGAUUUUUCGUACAGCCACUCCGACGGGAGAGCCAAACCUGGAGAAUCCGCCCUUCUUUUUCGGAGGCGAGCAGGGCAUCAUUUACUUGGCGGACGACUUCGGGCUGUGUUCGGAACGCUACAAGAUCGGCUCGCCCUUGUUGUUGUUAGAGUACUACCGAGAAAAAGAUGUGGUGGUCCUGGUGACGAAAAGCGUCAUCUUGGUCCAGUUUUCAUUGUCCGCAGAUGGCAAAGUCACCAAUGAGUCCAAGUUGAAAUUGUCCUGUGGUCCAACGCCCGAAAAACUGCAGGGCUGCUGGGCAGGUCCUGGGCUCUUAGCCACCUGCAGCCAUGAAAGCAUCCUGAGAAUUUGGAAUCUGGCGGAUGAUGAGAACUACAUCCUGAGUUUGCAGGGCAUCGACGAGAGGAACAGCCUCAGUGGGGACAAAGUCACCUCGGUGGAUUACAACCCGCGAAAGCAGGUGCUGGCGUGCGGCACGCGCGGCGGGCGCAUGGUGCAGUGGCGCUCCAGUACGCUCUCAGGCGUGCCCAAGUCGGAAUCCAACUGGCAAGUGCUGCCAGUGGUGAGCGUCGGCGAAUGCGCGGUGGACAAACUCACCUGGGGUCCCGGUGAAGGUUUGAUUCACGCCAGGACGGAGCGUUCCAGUGUGAUCUUAAGCGAAGCGCAGCUGAACACCGCCGUCCAGGCUCCCCUGAUGGCCGUCCAAAGCUCACCCAUGGAAAUCAUCGUGUACCACACGGAGCGGCAGGUGCAUCUCACGGUGACUGCCAACUACCGAGUGAAAGGCCUCGGUGUUGGUCCAAGCACUGUCCUUUUGGGCAGACGAUCAUUCAUCAGUCAGAGUGCAUUGGCUGAAGUUCUCACGGCAGUUCGAGAGAGCGGCGAGCUCAGACAAGCAGCGCUGGUCUACUGUGAAGCGUUGCCGUAUAUUGGCUGCUCAAUACCCUAG